AUGACUUCCACAGCUCCACAAAAUCAUCAGCACCCGUCGUCGAACUCCCCAGGCGAUUUCUCCAACAACCAACCGCCAUCCACCUCUACCGCCGACCAGAAUUCACACAUUGCGAGCGGUGGGUACGCGCCAAGCGAGAACCAGCUCGCCGGGCUGGUAGAAGCCGCCACCGCGGCAGCGGGCCAAGAUGUAUCAGAGUGGGCAGCAGCAGCAGCCGUUGCAGCGGCAGCCGGAGCGGCGGGGAACCAACACCACCUUGACGGCUACGCGCCUGAUAUCCAGUUAGAUGACGAUGGUUUUGGCGAGGGAGGUUACGCGGGGAUUGGUGGUCCUCGGCAGUACCGAGGACCCGGGUCAACAUCUGGAAAUGAACACGGCCAGUCCUCAGGAUUGGCUCGAUCGGGCACGAAGAAGAGAAAGAGGAACGAGGAUGCGCUUGAUCCUGCUCUAGCAGCUGCUACUGCUGGUCUUGCGCAUCACCAGAGCCAGACACAGCACCACAAUCAGGCCCAACACCAUGCGAACCAUCAUGCUGGUCCCUAUGGCGGCGAGGGAUUGGAGAUUCGCAGCACGCCACCGCAGUCGCUGGCGGAAGCUCGUGCUGUUGGGUUACAUUCUGCAGCGGCGCUUUUCCGUCAGACCUCGACCAAUAAGAAGUAUACCAGGCCUCCCAUGUCAAAGAUGUUUACGUCUCUUGAAUUAUCGCCGGAGAAUUUCUUGCAUUUGCAAGCGGCGGCAAAAGCAUAUAUGCUGGAUGACAGGCAUCCGGAGCGUCGGGACUGUGUGGGUCAGCGUGGGAAGGGAGACACGGAGAUGGUGAAGUUGCGUCUCUGGAACUGUGUGCGCCAUUUCCUCGAGGUUGAGGGCAAUGGCCCGCGAUUCUUUGGUGAGCAUGUCGUCAACGAGGGUAUGCCGCCUCGAACCUACGUCUGGCCAAGGGACCAGCAGAAGAUUAUCUCGCUCGUUAUCCCGUUGCUGAGGCGUAUGGUCACGAACGAGCGCCAGCGCCAGUAUGCCGUCGAGACCAGGAAAGGUGGACCCGAGGCACGAAGGAGACGAAAAACAGAGGAUAGUAUCCAAGAUUUCCACGCUGCUAGUCCACCUGGAUUUACGGCCGAGGAACAUCUUCAAAUGCACACACAACACCAUCUUCCGGAUGGGUAUAGUUCCGCCCAAUCUGCUUUACCAGCGCCUCCGCCGCCGCCUUCUCAAACUGGAUCGACAGUCCAAGUUUCAGAUCUUGGCCUCACUGAACUGUUCGUGGAAGGCUACACCACCGACUGGCAUGCGAUCUCCAAGUCGUAUGACAUGUACAAUCAAAACUACGAACUCGACAAUCUGUGGGCACUGUCGGGCCUGCAACUUGGCGAUUGGCGAGGCCUCGUCGCGGCAGUUGACAGCCAUUAUCAGGUUGUUCACGAAGGGCACUACGAUUGUAGCGGCUGCUGUGAGGAUGACAAUAUCGGGCGUAUUAUCAAUUCGGAGUACACGAGUGAUUUAAGAUGGCGCAUUGGUGGAAGUGCUGAGCGCCCUGUCAAGAACGAAUUUGCAAGCAGCAUUGCCCGUGACGUUUCGCGGGUUAUCCGAGACACCCUCGCGGCGAGACAAAAUGCUCAAAACCACACACCAUUGCCGCAAUCUCUACCACUAGCGCCCCUAUCCUUCCCCAACGCACCCGAGACUUCGAACGUUCAUACCCCUUCAUGCCCUCUUCACUUACGAAUCAACAUCUUGCAACACGGCAAGCGCAUAUUUCCAUCUUAUGACAUUCCCGCUAGUCAAUGUCCCGAUCUUGCCAAUGCCAGGCAACUCCUUUGUCGCAGAUAUGCCGGGGAACUACCCGGCAUUUCAGCUGACCCCAAUACAGACACAAGUACCGGUACGUGGGAUGCGUCCGCUGGCUGGCGAUUCCAGGUCUGGCUGCCAGAAGGACUUAUCUCAAUUGAGAACGACAGUGAUUGGACGCUCUCUCUUCUCGCCGCCGAGAAAGUAGACUGGAUGGAUAGCGAGAUGAAGGUUCUCGUUGAGAUCGGAAACCAGUAA